ACUCUUUUAAGAUCCAGUACAUGCAGUUCAUGGCAUACAUGAAAACUCCUCAGUAUAAAGCAAGUCUGCAACAGUUACUGGAGCAGGAAAAGGAAAAGAAUGCUCAGCUCCUGGGGACAGCACAGCAGUUAUUCACCCACUGCCAGGCACAGAAAGAGGAAAUCAAACGUCUUUUUCAGCAGAAACUUGAUGAGCUGGGAGUUAAAGCUCUGACCUACAAUGACCUGAUUCAGGCUCAGAAGGAAAUCUCUGCUCACAAUCAGCAACUGAAAGAACAGACGAAACAGCUGGAGAAGGAUAACAGCGAACUCAGGAACCAGAGCUUACAGCUGCUUAAGGCCCGGUGUGAAGAACUGAAGCUGGAUUGGUCAACGUUGUCACUGGAGAACUUGCUGAAAGAGAAGCAGGCGUUGAAGAAUCAGAUUUCUGAGAAACAAAAGCACUGUUUGGAAUUGCAGAUCAGCAUUGUGGAACUUGAGAAGAGUCAAAGACAGCAGGAGCUCAUGCAGCUGAAGUCGUACACACCGUCUGAUGAGUCCCUGUCAGUACAGCUACGCAAUAAAAACCAUCUGAGCCGGGAUCCUGAGGCUGAUCAUGGCAGGUUCCAACUGGAGCUUGAAUGCUCUAAGUUUCCUAUGCCCCACAUCAACGGCAUGAGCCCCGAGCUGUCCAUGAACGGCCAUGCUACUCCGUACGAAAUUCAUAACACUUUCAGCAGGCCCUCUUCCAAGCAGAACACCCCUCAGUACACGACCUCUCAUCUGGACCAAGAAAUCGUUCCGUGUACCCCAAACCACGGCAGCAGACAGAAGGCAGACAAGAUGACGAGCUUGUCCUUACCCGAUUAUACCAGGUUUUCCCCGGCUAAAAUAGCACUAAGGAGACACUUGAAUCAAGACCAUGCAGUCAACGGAAAAGCAGCAACUAACGAGAUCCAGAGAGCUGACCAUGUCAAAGAGAAUGGCCUUACAUAUCCGAGCCCUGGUCUUUCAAAUGGCAUAAAGCUGAGUCCUCAGGAAACUCGGCCCUCUUCCCCAGCGGCCUUACCAAUUGCAGGCGAGAAGCAUGCAAUGAAGAACAUUACUUUCUCUUUGCAUUUACAGGUUUUGAGAGAGAGAACCUCUGUGAGUAAUGGAGAAACUAUCACCAGCCUACCUAUCAGUAUUCCUCUCAGCACAGUGCAGCCCAAUAAACUCCCUGUUAGUAUCCCUCUGGCCAGCGUAGUCCUACCUAGCCGUGUUGAGAAGGUGAGAAGCACACCUAGCCCAGUUCAUCAGAGUAGAGACUCAUCGACACUUGAAAAGCAGAUUGGUGCUAGUUCUCAUAAUGGCGUAAGCAAUGCUGCUGGAAACAAGCCACUGGCUUUGGCUACCUCAGGUUUUUCUUACUCUUCUGGCUCCGUGGCAGUCAAUGGAAAUCUUACAAACAGCCCAGCCCAUCUUAACCAUAGUGUUGAUCAGGCAGCUCUGGACGACUCUGGGAGUCUGUUUAACUCAGUAGGGUCUCGGAGUUCCACUCCACAACAUCCUUUGCUAAUGAUGCAGUCAAGGAACUCUGGGCAAAACUCCCCUGCUCACCAGCACUCAACAAGCCCCAGGUUAAAUGGCACCUCCCAGAGCCUGGUAGGGGUAUUGCAAUAUGCAGAUGCUCAGAAGAUGUUUGCCGAAGGAACAAAGGGGGAUCUUCAGUCUGAUGCAGCGUUUUCAGAUCCUGAGAACGAGGCCAAGAGAAGAAUCAUCUUUACGAUCUCUCCUAAUACAGGACAUGUAAAACAAUCCCCUUCCAACAAGCACAGUCCUCUGCCCACGAGCGCUCGGCUGGACUGUGGCCAAGCACAUGCGCAGGAUGGGAAGAAGCGAGGCCGGCGGAAGAGAUCCUCUACUGGGAAUCUCAGCGGGAACUCCGGGGUCUCCCCUAAACGCAAAUCCUUACCUACUGUGUCUGGACUCUUUACGCAACCGUCAGGUUCACCACUCAAUAUCAACUCCAUGGUCAAUAACAUUAACCAGCCUUUAGAAAUAACAGCCAUUUCCUCUCCCGAAAACUCCCUGAAGAACUCUCCUGUUCCUUACCAGGACAAUGACCAGCCUCCGGUACUGAAAAAGGAAAAGCCCCUCGUUCAGACCAACGGCGUUCAUUACUCUCCUCUAACAUCAGAUGAAGAGCAGGGAUCUGAAGACGAGCACAAUAGCAGCAGAAUUGAAAGGAAAAUUGCAACAAUAUCGUUGGAAAGCAAAUCUCCACAGAAGACUGUUGAAAAUGGCGGCAGCUUAUCUGGGAGGAAACAAGCACAAAGCAACGAGAACAUGAAUAGCAGUAAAUGGAAAUCUACUUUCUCACCAAUAUCUGACAUCAACCUGACCAAAACUACAGAUAGUCCCUUGCAGUCGGUUUCAUCUCUGAGCCAGAAUUCGCUGUUUGCCUUCAGGCCGUCCUCCGAGGACAGCCUUGCCGUCGACGCCAAGAUGACGGCGCACACACGGAAGAGCAUUGCCAUGCCCUCGUCCGGGGCAGACGGGCUCAGCCCCAGUACAAACUCCACUAACGGCUUCACGUACAACGGUGGACUGUCGAGUGACAUUGGUUUACACAGCUUUAUCGAUGGUGCUUCUCUUCCGCAUAAGGCUUCGGACGUGGCGACUUCCAACUGCUCCCUGAGUUUCCAGUCACAGCGAAGCAAAGAUGCGGGGAUAUCGGAAACGAAUCCUUUUUUGAACAAAAGGCAACUCGAAGGCCUCAGUGGCACGAAAGGAGAAGACUUAAAUCGGUCGGGGGUCAAAGGCAAAGAGAUCAGUGAAAUAAGCAUUCGUACUGUGGGUUCUUCAGAAAAAAACUCUUUGCAGCAUAACGGAAAGGUCGGCAAAGGAAGGGACCGAGAUGUGGAGUUUAAAAACGGCCACAACCUUUUCAUUUCUGCUGCUGUUUCAUCUGGUGGCCUUCUGAAUGGUAAAAGCCUUUCGACUGCUGUUUCUUCAGCAGGCAACCCAGCAUCUUCUGUUCAGACGCACCAUCCUUUCCUAAACACUUUGACCACUGGAUCGCAGUUCCCCCUCGGCCCCAUGGCCUUGCAAGCAAACCUCAACUCGGUGACAAAUUCCUCGGUAUUGCAGUCCUUAUUUAAUUCAAUGCCAGCUGCUGCCAGUCUGGUCCACGUGUCAUCAGCCGCAACCAGACUGACUAAUUCUCACACUAUGGGGAACUUCUCUCCUGGGGUUACAGGUGGAACAGUUGGAGGUAACUAGGAUUUCUACCUCAACCCAAUGUGACCUAUGCAAGGACAACGUGGACCAACUUCACUCGGCUUCCACUGAAAGGUGCUCACCUGGCCUGUGCAGGGGUUUCUACUCUCUUACUACUGGACAAAAUAAAAACAUAAAAAGACCUAAACAACAGAGAAAAAUAUAUUUACUGUGAAUCUGAGUUAAAAAAAAAGAAAAAAGGAGAAAAAAAAAAA